AUGUUCAACCCAAGGAACAUGGCUGAACGAAAGAGGAAGCCCAAGUUUUCCAAGGAAGAACUGGACAUUCUGGUCACUGAGGUGACCCGAAAUGAAGCCAUGCUGUUUGGGAGGGAGACGAUGCGUCUAUCCCAUGCUGACAGGGACAAGAUCUGGGAAGGCAUAGCCAGGCAGAUCACAUCAGUCAGCCAGGUCCCCAGGUCUGUAAAAGACAUUAAACACAGAUGGGACGACAUGAAGAGAAGGACCAAGGACAAACUGGCAUUCAUGCAGAGGUCCCUCUCCAGCCCCGGCAGCGCGGGGCGGCCCUCGGCCAUCGUCCUGACCGCCCACGAGAGAGCCAUCGAGUCGACGCUGCAUUCGUCACGCCAGAUGCACGGCUUCCGGAGAGCGGAUCUGGACGUGGUUGACAGCCCGUCAACGAGCUCUGAGGAAGAGACGCCGGGCACUUCUCGGGAGCACCGCUUCUCGUCGCUGCAGGGGGCCGGUGCAGGUGGAGUCACCCAGCUCUCCGGGCCCUCCUUCCUCCGCACUUCAUCCUCAUCGGAGCACUCGGAAGCCACCAGCCAAAGGCAGGAGCUGCACCGUCCCUCCCCGCGCGCCGCCUCGGCCUGCAGACCCCCGCGGCCCCGCACGAGGAGCCCCCCCCUCUCCGCCUUCGAUCGCCAGCUUCUCCAUGCCCACACGCAGCAAACAGACCUCUUCCGGCAGUUCUGCCGGGACCUGGUGGCUGUCCACAGAGACAUGGCAGGCAGCAUGCACCUCAUCGGUCAGAGGAUGGCUGACCUCACCAGCCAGCUUGGCCAGAUGUGCCAGACCCUGUCGGAAAUCCGUGACGGGGUCCAGGCUUUCCGUAGGAUCCAGGAUCCUGGUGUCAUGCAGGGGUCUCUUCUGCAAGCAGCUUGCUCCAAACCUGAGCCCGGUGCAGAGUCUAACCAAAAGCCCCCAAAACGGGCUCCUCCUGCACGGACUACCAGGUCACGAAAGAGAAAACACCAUUUUUAGUCUGCUUCCUGUAAAGUAAAGAAGGGUGCUCCUUCCUGAGCUGCUGCAUGCUCACGUGGCCCCUCCAUGCCAUCCAGGACACUGUGGGGAGGGUCAGCAGCCGCCCCAGCCCGUCCCUCCCCCUGCUAGCAAGCAGAACAGCAUGAGUUAUGGCAGCUGAGCAGUAGGGCUGGCCCCCCGCGACGGCAAAGAGGCAUCUCAGAUCUUGCAGAGCUUGGGGUGUAGGACAUCUUCCUGUUGAUAGAGAUUAGGAGUUUUCACUGGCGUCCCCCGUGCUUUGAACGCUCUAUAAGCUAAGAGCUGCGAUAGGAAUCGUUCUCUCCAUCUCUUCUCCUGCCUGUGAAACGUUAUUUUACUGGGACAGCGUGUUACAGAGCUCCCUUUGCAAUCAACCCAGAAAUCUACCCUACCUGCUGCCGUCCCAGCAUCUUCCUGCAAAUGAGUAUAUGCACUGUGCAGAGAGACGUCCCGACGGCUCUAGAGACUCUCCUUGCUCGUUAUUUUUAUCCUGCGUUCAGCAAUAAUGGGCAGCCCAGGGCUUACUGAGACUCACAGCCAGGUUUUGGGGAGGGGGGGUGGAAAAGCAGAGCUUGCUCAGGGAAGGGUAGAUAGAAGGCAGGGUGUUGAGGAGAGGAGGACAGGUCUGAGCGCUGUGUGCUUUGGGGAGUGCUGGGAAGGGCUGCUGUGGCACCUGCCUGCAUCCUGCAGUGCCGCGACGCACGUAGAUCAAAGAGCUUAAUCUUUGUCUGCUCCAGUCUGAAAACCUUACCCACCCUUCGCACUUGCAGUUAAAAUGCAGGUUUUUUCAUCAUAGGACAACAUUUAAAGAGAAUUGUAUGGGAUUGUUUUCCUGCAUGCUGUGAUCUUCAGAUUUGAACCACCUUGCCCUCUUCAAAACGUGAGAGGCUGCAGGUACAGGGCCUGCUUCUGACCUCAGGAACGGUUUGGUUGUGUGUCACUGUGAUUGUGUCGACUUCAGCACAGUUACUUUGCACUUAUUCAGUGUUAUGUAGGGUGGGAUCUGUACCGUAUUCUCCUAUCGUGAAGAGUUUACAAUCUAAAUUCACAGAUAUUUAGGUUAAAAUCGUAGCAGUGAUGGUUUUGUACCACUUGCUUUCCCCAAUCUGUGAGAAGGAACCAGAAGGAGCUGUGGUGCAGCGUCCAAAUUGCUUUAGUGCUGCAUGAGGUUCCCGUAUACAACCCCAAUUCUGAAACUAAGCUUGAAUAAUGUCACCUCAGGUGGUGACAACACAAUGUGGCAGCUGUUUUACAACAUGUCUGUCUUCUUCUACACCUAUGAAUACUUAAAGGGUGGGUGUCAAGAGGAUGGGGCCAGUCUUUUUGCAGUGGUGCCCAGGGACAGGACAAGAGGAAAUGGGGCACAAACUUGAACGUAGGAAGUUCCAUCUAAACA